AUGGAGGGUUUUGCUAAUAAUCUUGGGUGUCUUGGUGCUGUUGUUCAAGCCUGGAUCGAAUUGACACAGGACCGGAAACAAUUGGAAAGUUCAGGAGGCAAUGUUGAGGCUGAAGUGGUAGAGAAUGUGGAUGUUGCAAAGAAGAACAAAAAUGUUAUGAUUGCUGGUGAUGGUACGGAUUUCAACAUCGUAACUAGUAGCCUCAGUGUUUUGGAUGGAUCUACAACCUUUAGAUCUGCUAGCUUGGACCAGAAAAGCACCAAGCUGCGGCUCUCAUUGCAAGGAGCCUAUGGCAAACCAAAGAACAUGAAAAAGUUCCUACGUGCUGUAGUUGUGCAAUCUUAUAUUGGGGGACUUGUUAAUCGUACCGUUUGGGCAGAAUGGAGCAUGGAUUUUGCAUUAAAAACAUUGUAUUAUGGCAAGUCUUCAAAUAGCAAGCCAGGUGCAGGUGUUAGCAAAAGAGUGAAUCGGCCUGGAUAUCAUGUCAUUAGUGAUCCAAAUGAGGCCAAGCAAGUCACUGUGGCAGAGCUGAUACAAGGAGGAGCCUGGCUAGAAUCCACUGGAGUUUCUUUUACUCAAGGACUGUAA